AUGAACAUUACAUCUUAUAGAUAUGCAAUGGAAGAAGAUAUUGACCUCAAAUCAAAGCUGCCGAAUCGGCUUAAUGAACUGUUACAAAAAGUUGGAAUAGAAACUGCACAGGAAUUAAUAUUAAAGUCUGAUAUAGAAUUACAAGAUAUGGCCUCAUUUUCCUCCGACGAUUUAAAGUUUUUGAAAAAAUCUGCUGCAGAAAUUAUAUUGCAUAAAAUGCAGUUUUCUACAGGAUUAGAACUAUAUAUGAAUACAUGUCACCAUAUCAAAAAAAUUAAAAUUGGAUGUCCUUUAAUUGAUAGAAUUUUGGAUGGUGGAUUAACUUGCAGAGGAAUUACAGAAAUUUCAGGUGAAAGUGGAACUGGAAAGACACAAAUAUGCUUACAGUUAUGUAUAAUGGUUCAGUACCCGGAAGAAAUUGGUGGUCUAAAUGCAGGUGCAGUUUAUAUUUGUACAGAAGAUGUUUUUCCUAGCAAGAGACUUCAGCAAUUGUUUCAAACAUUUCCAGUUUCUUUUGCCAAACGAUAUAGAUUGAAAACAAGUUUCACAACACAAUUUGCUGAUAAUAUCUAUAUAGAACAUGCCUCUGAUGCAGAAAGUUUGGUAAAAAUUAUUUGCAAUGACGUACCACGUUUAAUGGCAAAUAAAAAAAUAGGCUUAGUUGUAAUUGAUUCAAUUGCAGCAGUUUUUCGAAUUGAAUGUGUGUCACCAAAGAGAUCAAAUAUGAUGCGGUCAAUUGCAUUAUCUCUGCAUAAGCUAGCUAAAUCUUAUGAAUCUGCAAUAAUAUGUGUGAAUCAGUACCAUGUUUAGGACUUUCUUGGGCUAACUUAGUCACAACAAAAAUUCA